AUGGCUAGUGUUGUACCGAUCGUCCCUCACAAAUACUGCGAAGGUCUGCUUCUCGUGGGUGCGGGUGUUGUACGCACACUCAGCGGCCUGAAUAGCCUGAGAAACUUUCGUCGGCGCGCACCCGUACGAUUCCGGGCACAUGCCUUGGGUGUUGGAGUGGGCUGGGUCAAGUGUUGCAGACACGAGGGCAGAGCUUGCGAGAAACGUCAUGGCGAGCGUGAAGCGCAUAUUGCUGGUCUGGCUUGGAGAAGAUGUAUGCAUGCAUUUGAUUGCCAGACAACCACCUGA